UUUACUUUUUCACAAUCUGUACUUUUUGACUUUUACUUUUUGUACUGGAGUUGAACCAGUACUACUACUCGUCCUACUUUUACCAGUCUGUACUUCUACUUAAGUAGAGUGUGAGUACUUUAGCUACCUCUAAAGAUUACAGUCACUUGAAUGUAAAUUAAGCAUUACAGAGAGCUUUUUCGUGAUGUUAUCAUAUUACAUCUAUUGUGUAUGUGUUUGAGUAUAGAGUGAACCCCUCAUGCUCACGGUUCGCCACUCACGGAUUCACCUUCGCUGAUUCGCUGAUUUCUUUCAAAUAAUAAAAAUCCAGGACGCCUCUGCUGCAGGUCCAAGAAGCCGCGAGCCAAGUCAACAAGUUCAGAGAAUCUUUGAACUCCAGAAGCUGGCAAAAGACACCACCUUGGAGCCGACAGGUUCAAACAGUUGCCUUAAAUUGGGCCAUGGAUGGGGAAUAUCUUUCUUCUCCCAAUCUGGUGCCCAGGAAACAUGUUUUUGAAAUGUGGGAAGAAUAUCUACGGAAAUCAUGAUGAUCUCUCCUCGAUUUACUCAAAUAUUGACUUAGUGUGCAAUUUGGGCCUGUUAAAGUGGACACAAAGAUAUUUUUGUGUUGCACGAAUGGGAACCAGCUGAUGGAUAUACAGGUACUAGAAGCUCCUUUGGGGGUUCCAGAAGCUUGCUAGUGGGUCUGGAGGCCAUAUAAGGUCACAAGAAAGUUCUAGAAGCACUAGUAGAACGACUGCGGCACACACCUGAUGACCGCACACUAACGUGCCGCAACACAGCGGUCGGCAACCACUGCAUUAUGGGAUGGAGCCCCGCCUCCAACGAGACAACCUCCGCCGUCGCCGCCGGGAGUCCGCAGACGCCGCCGUCCUGCAGCGUGGACGAGUCGUACAAGUACGUGUUCUUGCCCGUGUGCUACUCGCUGACCUUUGUGUUCAGCCUGGCGUUCAAUUCGGCGGUGCUGCUGCGCUCAUGCCGCGGCCGGCGGCGGGCGGCCCGGAACGCGUCCGUCAUCUACGUGGUCAACCUGGCCGCCACGGACCUCAUGUACGGCCUGUCGCUGCCCUUCCUGGUGGCCAGCUACGUGCUCAGAGACCGCUGGAUGUUCGGGGACUUCAUGUGCCGACUGGUCCGCUUCCUCUUCUACUUCAACAUCUACGCGUCCAUCUUCUUCCUCACGUGCAUCUCCCUGCACAGGUACGUGGGCAUCUGCCACCCGCUGAAGAGCAUGACGCUGGAGAGCAAGCGUGCGGUUAAGGUGGUGUGUAUGCUGGUGUGGCUGCUGGUCUUCGCCCUCACAUGCCCCAUCUUCAGGUUCGCCAAGACAGGCGUGGUGCAGCGAGGAGGCAAGAGAGGCGGCGAUGCGGGUGGGGCCGGGGCCAGUGUGGGCGGCAGCGGCUACGUCAACUGCUGGGACGACGCCACGGACGAGGAGUUGGAUGACUACGUCCCGUACGGCCUGGCACUGCACCUGCUGGGGUUCUUCGUGCCGUUCGUCAUUAUCGCCUGGUGCUACUCGCAGGUGGUGCGCACCAUCUUCCAGACGCUGCGCUCGCCUCUGGCCUGCGAGGAUGUCGUCGCAGACCGCAAGCGAACCUCGCUGUCCAUCUCGGGCUCUCAGUACUCUCGCUACGUGCGGCGUCGGCGCAAGUCCAUCCGAACCAUCGUGACUAUCACGCUGCUCUUCGCGCUCUGCUUCCUGCCCUUUCAUGUGACGCGCACGCUCUUCCUGCUCUUGCGACGCGGGCGCUCGGCCGGCUGCGGCGCCGUCAGGACCGUGUCCGUGUGCUACAAGGUGACGCGGCCGCUGGCGUCAUGCAACGCUUGGCUCAACGCGCUUCUCUAUUUCCUCGCGGGGGACGAGGGCGGCGCCCCCUGUUGCCGACGCCCGCGCGGCGCCGCCAGAAGAGACGUCCGCGGGGACGCCCUCCAGUGGCCGCUCGGGAUCCUGAAGCGGCGCGGCGCCGGCAAGGACGGUGCGGCGCGGGGAGCUCGCCCAGAUGCCCUGUUUUCACUGGUCGAUUUGUGAGAGGACGACUGCAACGUGAUAUCACUCCCUGUGCUUUUAUACACUCCGGCCACCCCAAAAACAAACGCAUUUUUUUGUCAUGUGUUUUUAAUAAGGAAAAAUAGCACUAUAAUAUUGCACUUUAUAUAAACAUAUAUGCAUUAUAACACUGUCACAUUGAUGCUAUUUGUUAGCAUGUCUGUGGAGUUUCACAUCGUGUGUUAGCAUUAAGCUAGUAGACUAUUAGGCAAAGUUAUGUGUUUGCAAUCUACCAUACCGAUGUCUGGUAUUGGUACUCAGACAUCUCUUGUGUUGUGUUUAAUAAAUAGCACUGCAUUGUAUAAAAACAUAAUAAAACAUAAUUAAA